CAGUCUCAAUGAAUCUCAACGAAUGAUGAUGAUUAAAUGUUAACUAUGCUUUACAAAUUUUAGACCUGUCACAUACGGUCUAACACAUCUUUAAUGAAAUUAAUCUUAAUAAUUUUUGUAGUUGCAUUUGGACACAAUCUCGCCUGAUGGUUAUUAAAUAGCAUUCUUAUGUCUUCUAUGGUUAGGGCUGCCAUCACCUAUAUUGCUUAUACCGGAUACAAACUUUAAAAACUCCAGAUUUUUUAUUGAAAUUUAGCUUUUCCCUGGUUACCCUUUAAGUAAAAAACAAGUAUAAAUUUUAAUUUAUUUAUUUUUACCAAUUAGUCUUCCGACGGAUAGCAGCCCUGCUUCGUAUCUACACCGAGUGUAUGCCAAAAAUUCUCAGGGAUGUUAGACUUGACCAGGCAAGGACUCACAGAAUACCAGCAUAAAAAAGCUUAAUGUUUCCAUGCUUUAUAUAAUAUUUGGCUAACCUGUUAUGUUGUUUGAUAUUUCAAUUUUUUUUUUCAGGGGGUGUACUUCAUGUUUUUCCUAACCCUAACAAGUUCCCAGAGCAGUUCAAAGCGUGGGUUCGGAUUGUUAGUGGUAAAGACGAAUGUGAUUUCGAUUACAAAAAAAUGAGAAUUUGUGAUAAACACUUCACUGAAAAGGAUCGGAAUCGUAACAACCGCCUGAAUGCACUAACAGUCCCAUCACUUUUUCUGCAUGGCAGUCAUGCUGAUGUGCCAAUGCAAAAUGAACAAAGUGGCUCAACAAACUUAAUGUCCGAACAAUCUCUAGGUCAACCUGAAGUAUCUGCCAAUAAUCAGUCCACGUCAGACGAUGUUGUUGAUGUGCAGACACAAAUUAAAGCAUGUUUCCAGAUAAGCACAAUGAUUGAACAAUCUGCUGGUCAACCUAACAAUCAUCAGUCUGCAUUAUAUCAACCUUCUGAUGUAUCUUUUGAUCCCCUGGUGGAGCAUAAUUAUUGUAAAGUCUCAAAGGAGCAUCAUAAAAUAAAAAGCCGAAAAAGUAACUUACCAUCAGUGGUAACAUCUGAAAAAUAUAGAGUCUACCAAAAAAAUAUAAAGAAUUUAAGAAGACUGAUUUAUCGUCUUGGAAAACAGGGAAAAGGCAUAAAGUCACCUCUAAAAAAUGCAGAAAAAUUAUUUAAUAAAUCUGAUUUUCGAAAAUUUGUAAAAGAUAUGAAACCAGCAGCAAAACUUUUUGCGAACAUGCAGUAUUAUCAAGCCCAGAAGAAACCAACUGGUCGGCGUUUUAAAAUUGAAGAGAAAAUUCUUUCUCUUUCUUUAUUUAAAAGAAGUCCGAAAUGUUAUGCCCUAAUGUCAAUAUAUUUUAUACUUCCUUCGACCAAGUCUUUAAAGCAGUUGCUUGCGAAAAUUGAACUUGGUGCUGCCAUUAAUGAAAUGGUUUUCAAAAAACUCCGCAAAACUAUCAAUAAUUUUGACACUCAAGAUAAACUGUGUACAGUUAUAUUUGAUGAGAUGUCAAUUACACCUCAAAUUCAAUAUGACUCAUCGAAAGAUGAAUUAAAAGGAUUUGCUAGUCAUGGUAAAAAUCAAAUAGCAAACCACGCUCUCGUAUUUAUGAUAAAAGGCAUAAGAAGACAAUAUAAACAACCCGUUGCAUAUUAUUUUACAAAUUCAUUAAAUAAGUUUGAAUUAAAAACAAUUAUAAAGGAAGUCGUCAAUGUUCAGAAAAGUGAAUUAGUUGUAUUAGCUACUGUUUGUGAUCAAAGUACAGUAAAUGUGGGAGCCAUUGAGAAGCUAAUAAAAGAAACUAAAGCCAACUAUUUAAGGAAAGGGAACAAUAUUAAUAAUUUUUACGUGGUAGAGCCAUGCUGCAGCUAUAUUAGUAGUAUAGUUGUAGCACGAAUGGGUCGGCUCGACCGGGGAAGGACCACGCUCUCACAGAAUACCAGCGUCAAAUAGCAGCUUCAGGCUGCUGUGUUUCGUAUGGUGAGUGUAGAGAACCGGAGACCCUAUUUACUGGAAAAGAGGCAUUCCAUCUUAGUCCUCACGGCUGGCAACGCAUCUGCAUUUUAAUUCGCAAACGAUGAUAGAUGUAGAUGUCUACGGGCCAUAGCAACCACUUACCAUCAGGUGCACUGUGUGCUCGUUUGUCACCCUAUCCUAU